GCUGACGAUAGUUCUUUUCGGUGACAUUUUUUUCAUACACUAUUAAAAAGUGAUAUGGACUUCAUGGUUUUUUCUACAGACCCAAGAGCCCGACUCUAAUCAUCGUUAUUUAUUAUUAUUAUUGUUAUUACUAUUAUUAUGGUUUUAAACCGUAGUCGAACACACGGAAUGUAACGGAAUGUAAGUGGUUUUAUGUUUCCUGUACUUCUAAUUUCUAUAUUACUUUGCGUACAGUCUGUAAUAGAUAUUUUUUAUUUUAUUUAAUAUUUUAGAGUAUGUAAUGCAUUAGUAAAUGUAUUACAUUAGUUAUUACCAAUUUUAUUACUUAGUACUCAUUAGUCUAAGUACAGGUUAAGCAAUAAUGAAUAGAAAUAUUAUGAAGAAUAAAAAAAGCGGAUCAGAUAGUGGCACUUGUUCAUUUACUUCAUCGCCAAUUAUUAAGCGUUUCAAAAGGAAUGAUGAUUCUUUUUCAACUGAUAAACUUCCAAAUGAAUCUGAUGAAGAGCAUAAUAAUUUACAGAGUCCAUCAAUUAAAAAUACACCAUCUCAAUCAUGGUUAGAAGAAUGUGAAGAUUUAAGUAGAGAUUUGGGUAAUUAUUUAAAUAAAACAGUAGUAAGUGAUGAUGCAAAAUUUAGUAUUUUGGAAUUAUCUAAUAUUCCUAAAAACAAAUUUGUUUACCCUUAUAGUAUACAUCCAUAUAACGGCAUUCAGAAAAAAAGAUUUCUUAAAAAAAAUCAUUUUGAAGAAUUCAAAUGGCUCGUUUAUUCAGAAAAAGCAGGGGGCGUUUUUUGUAAAUACUGUGUUUUAUUUGCCAAAUUUAAAGGCAGUGAAGACAAAAAUAUGGCUAUAAAAAGUCUUGUUACUGUUCCAUUAACUAAAUAUGCUAAAAUAAUAGGUAAAAAUGGUUAUUUGAUUAAACAUCAGCAAAAUAUGUACCAUAUGAAUGCAGUUUUGACAACCAUUGAUUUUUUAAUUCAUUUAAAAAACCCUAAAAAAGGAAUUAUAAAUAUAGUUGAUACAAGUCAAGUACAGCCAGAAGGAGAUGAUGGUUGUUUAAGAUUAAGUCCAAUUGUUGACAUUAAGAAAGUUGUACUUAAUGGACGUCAAAACAUAUCACUCGAGGGACAUCAAGAUCAAAAUCAGCAUAAUAAAUCAGUUGUUAAUAAAGAAAAUGUUAUAAUUUCAGCUGGUGAAACAAUUUUAGGAAACCAACUACAAAUAACCAAUUCUAAGCCUACUAAUAUGAUCCAAGAACAAAUUAUUAAUCGCUGUAAAGAUAAAAUAGUGCCUAAUAUUUUGGAGAAAGUAAAAGCAAGCUAUUAUUAUAGUAUAAUAUUUAAUGAAACAACUGAUGUAUUUCAUAAUUCUAAAAUAAGUUUAAUUUUAAGAACCAUCAAUUCAGUAAAUAUAGUUGAUGAAAGUUUUAUUUCUUUCAUCGAUUGUUAUGAUUGUGUUUAUGGAAGAAAAGUUGUAAAUGAAGACCUUGAUAAAGACUUACAUAAUAAUGAACCCAAUUCUGGGCAUGAUUUAAUGGAGCCCAAGUUAACUGGUGAAUUAUUAGGUAAUAUUGUUGUUGAUAAAUUAAAAGAAUUUACAUUUGACUUAAAUAAUUGCAUUGGUAUUGGAACUGAUAAAUGCUCAGUGAUGACAUCUGUGAUGCAAUGUGCAGUACAGCAAAUUCAAAAAAGUUGUAUAAAUGCCCUACACAGUACAUUUUCAAAUCGUGUUACAAAUUUAUCCAUUUUCAAAUCAUCCAACGUGCAACUUGUUAGGAAUAAUGUGGGUACUGUCAUAGAAGUUUUGUCAUUUUUUAAUUCAUCGCCUAAAAGAAAUAUUGUAUUAAAAAAUUCUUUAAAAAACAAAAGAUCAUUAACAUUAUUGUGUGAAACUAAAUGGAUAGAAUGUCAUGAUUCUAUUUUUGAAUUUCAAGUUAACUUAAAGAAUAUAAUUAUAUGUCUUGAAAGUAUAUCUGAAUGGAAUGAACAAGUAUCAUCGUCUAAAGCUAAAUGUUUACUUAAUGCUGUUUGUAAUUGUGAAUUUGUUGUUACACUCUUUGCAUUAUCCAAUAUUUUAUGUGUUACUUCAGCAGCUGGUAAAUUAUUUCAAGGUGUUGGAUUUGAUUUAGAUGAAGCAAAUAAUUGUAUAGAUAAUAUUAUAACUACAAUAGAGAAUAAACAUACUAACUCUAAAAUUAUAUUCAAUAAUAUUUUUGAAGAAUGUAAGAUCUUCAUGACAGAACUUGAUAUAGAUAUUAAAUUGCCUAGAGCAAUUAAACAACAAAUACAAAGAUACAAUACACCUGCAAGUUUUCCAGAAGAAUAUUAUAGACGUGUACUGUUUAUACCUAUUCUAGAAAAUACCAUAGAAAAUUUAAAAGUGCAGUUCUUGAAUGAUAAAAAUAAAACUAUUUUUAUACUUAUGCAACUUAUUCCAAUUAAUUUCAUAAAGACGUCUUCAAAGGCUAGAAGUAUAUUGAUUGAAACAGUAAUAAAGCAAUACUCAUUUUUAAAUUUCAACAUCUAUUCUCUCAAAGGUGAAUUAGAACUGUGGACAACUAAAUGGGAUGACAAAAUGUGCAAAGGUAAAUAUAAUUAUAUAUUUCUAUUUAAGUAACUAAUGUGUUAGAAUACAAAUUGCAUUUGUUUAAUUAAAUUAUUUUUUUAAUUUUAGGGUUACAAGUUCCUACUAAUGCAUUUGAUGCAAUUGAAGAAUGCCCUCAUGUUAUGUUUCCUAGUUUAAGAAAAAUUCUGUUUAUAUUAUGCACUCUUCCAGUAAGUGUAGCUACCACAGAAUUCAGUUUCUCAACUCUUCCCAGGUAGUAUUUUCAGUUUUUAGAGUUUUUUUAAGUUGAAAAAGUAUAUAAUUAUUUACAGAAUUAUAUUAUUUUUUUAAAAAUAAAAUUUUAAUAUUCUUAUUUUAAAUACUUACUUUUAGUAGAAUAUAACAAUAAUAUUAUUCAUUUUAAUACUAAUACAUAUUUGAAAAAAUAAUUUAACACAUAACUUCUACUACAUACACAUGAAUUAUUACACUAUAAUAAUUAGAGUGAAUAACUGUUGAGAUCAUUAAGGUUAUUUUUAACUGCCGUAUAUAUAUACAGAUGUUCUACCGUGUUUGAUGGAUUUUUCUAGAGCUAUUAAACAUUAUUUUUUUUUUAAUCUGUUUUUCUUUGAGGGGAUAAUUUCUUUAUAGAAAAAUUAAACUUUUUAUUUUAUCCCUUAAUCACUAAGAAAAAAAAAAUAACUUUAUUUAAUCAUUUUACUCAAUUUUAAAAAUAGCCACUUUGUAAAAGAUAUUAAAAAAAUGUUCUAAAAAUUGAAGAAUAUCAUAUAGUUAUAUCCGAUUAAUAGUUUUGUAGCUAUAGUUGUUUAAAUUUUUAGAAAAUAGGCAUAACAUCAAUUAAUUUUUAAUAGAAUAACAUAUUAUCCAAUAAAGAAUCACAAUCAGCUCUGUAAUUCCUAAUCUUUUAUUACAUUCUAAUUGCUUUCACACCUAUUUUCUAAAUAUUUAAACGGCUAUAACUAAAAAAACUAUUGAUCGGAUAUAGAUAUAUGAUAUAUUAAAUUUUUAAAGUAAUAUGGUUUACAAAUUGGAUAUUUUGAAAAUGUUUUAAAGUGAAUAAAUAAAGUUAUUUUUUUUCAUUGAUUAAGAAAUGAAAAUAUAAAUUCGAUUUUUCUCUAAAUAGAUGUCCCUCUCAAAGAAAAGCUAUUGAAAACAAAAAAUAAUAAUAACUUUGAAUAGUUCUAGAAAAAUUAGUCAAACAUGGUUAAGACGCUCUGUAUUUAUAAUAAAAUCAAUUAUUACUGCUUUUAUUAUUAUUUUUUUUAUUCAAGUAUAAACUCCAGCCAUUUAAAAUUAUAUCUAUUGUUACUUUAUAAUUAUACUUCUUCAGUACUUGGUUAUUAAUUAUUACAUGUAUUGUUUAUAGAAUAUUACAAUAAUAUAUUUUAUUAGAUUCAUCAAAUAAGUUAAAAUUUGUUUUACAAAUUGUAUUGGUCUCCAUCAAAUUUUUAAUUAUAUUAAGACUAAUUUAUUAUACAAAAUACAAAUUUCAGGAGUAAUUUGGUUGAUUUUAAGGGAGAGACCCCCCCCCCCCCCCCUUGACUUUCACUCAUAGCACUCUUACAAAUUUGUCCUUAAAUGUUGUGCUAUGACUGCACAGUGUCGUUGUAAUGAGAUUGAUUAAUGUGGUGUAGCAUGAGAGGCAGGCCUUCUUAGCCAAGUCUAGGCUAUUAUGGCUAAGAAAGAUGAUGAAAGGAUAAAACUGUCAGAUAAACAUUAUCAAAUAAUAUAUAUAUAUAUUAUAAUAUAUAUAUAUAUUAAAAAGUACAAUACUUUAAAUCUAUUAUGUAUUUUAUUUUUUUCUGAGGUUUUUUUUUAUUUUAGAGAUUAGUUAGAUAUUUGAAUUUCGAACAUACAUUAAUAUAUAUUUUUCCUCAUCCCCUCCCCCACUCCAAUCAUGUGUUUACAAAACACCCCCAAUAUGCUGGAUUUUUUUUGUUAGUUCUAUUUAAAAUGUAAAAUUAUAAAAAUAAGGGUUUUACAUUAUUUUAGUUAAAUACUAACUAUUUGUUUUACAGUAUCAUUUAUAAUUAUUGCAAACAACUUUUAUUUAUUGUGUUUGUUUUUAUAGAACUGAUUUAGUUAAAGACAAUAAACCAAUAUUUAUUUGUAAAUUAUGCAAACAAAUUUUGAAAAAUCGCAAUGAAAAUAAUGUGAACAACCAACUUACUGAGAAAAAGUAAGUUCAUUUUUUUUUUUGUUGUUUAUUGAUUACUUAUAAUUUUAUAUUUAAUUCAACUUUUAUGAUUUUUCUAGUUUAAUUUUUCGCUCCACUUGUCGCUUUUGCAAUCGUGUUUUUGAAACUAAAAUUGGAUUCAAAUAUCACUUAAAAACUAUACACAGUAUCAUAAAUGAUGUUGAUUUAGUUGAUGAACAGUAUAAUGAAGAAAAUGGGAUAUGGUUUUCUUAUAACUCUGUUGUUGUAUCACAAUCAGAACCAUUCACCAUGACAUUAAGAAAUUUACAUCUACAUCACUAACAUCAAUGUAAAUUCUCCAGAAACAGAAAGUGACCAGAUUAAUAAUUUAAAAAAGGACAUACUUAAAUAUUAUAAAUUAAUAUUUAAUUAAAUUGAUAUCCAUAGAUACAUUUUAUGUUUUUUAUUUUCAAUGAUUUACACUAAAUACUAUACUGUCUAUACUCAUGUAUAAACAAAUACACCACUGACACAUUUUCUUAAAUCUUGAUCAUUAUUAUUUCAUUGAUUUUUAACAUACUUUGUUGCCUUACAAUCAAUAUAUUUUGUUGUAUGCAUUUUACUACAUUUGUUUUAAUUCGGAAUCAUUACACAUUGCAAACUAAAACAAAGUUGUCAUAAUUUCCACUUUAUCUGCAAAAUAAUGGUUAUUUUCCUUUUAUUUAAUAUAUUUGUACCUAUAAGAGAAUUUCUUAAUAAUUUAGUUAGACUUAAAACUGUAUGCAAUCCGUUAGAAUUUAUAAAUUACAAUAAUUGUUUUUAGCAUACCUUGUUGCCUUAACAAUUUAUAUAGUAUAAUUAAUAUUAUGUACUCAUAGGUAUGAAUAGGUAAUUUUUGCAAGAGAAAAAAAAAGAAAUUUUAGACUCGCCUUGUAGCCCCCCUGGUAUUUGUUAAGGGCGCUAAAUUUUCUAGACUAAAAAGACUAAAAAAGUUUUCAAAAAAAUUAUAAAUCAUAUGAAUAAUUCAUAUAUUUUAUGUACGGGGUGAUCUAUCAUAAGACACUCAUUAUCUCGGAAAGUAUUAACUUUUUUUGGAACUGGUUUUCUAGAACAUUUAAGAAAUAAUAAGGCACUCUAUAAUUCUAUCAUCAUUUUUUUUUUUGUCACCAUUAUUUUUGGUGAUGAAAUCACCAUCCACUAUUGAUUUUCAAAUGACAACCUACAUUAAAAAUUACAUAAAUAGAUGGAGAAUUAAUUCACUAUAUUCUCAACUCGCCGGCUAAUCUUUUAAUGACUGCAGGUCAUACAUUUAUUUUUAAUUAUACUUAGCAAUCUUGAACUUUCUUUUUUCUUUUAUUUGUCGUUUUUAUAUAUUCUAUGCUAAUUGUAUUUUAGAUGCACAACUUUUUAGCACUUAGAUUUUACUUAUUUGUAAUAUGACUAAGUUUCGGUUUAUUUGAAUAAAUAAAUAUAAAUAGUGUACAAUGGUCUGAAAAUGAAAUUUAAGUGGUAAAAAUAAGACAAUAAAAAUAUUAAAAAAUUUCAUUUUUUUUGUUCUAGGAUCUCAUUAGUAGAUGAUUACUAGUGUAAAUACAAAAUUUCAGUUUCAUAACAUUUUUUUUAACUGGAGUUAUAGCUAAGUGAACUAGUAAACCUAUAAUUCAUCAUUUUUUUGGCUAUUUGAAAUUUAUAAAAUGAAAAAAAAUGAAACACCUAAUUGUUAAGUUGCAUAUUAAGAUAAUAAACAAAAUAUUUCAUUACAAAAUA